GUACAGGCGUGUUGCCCUCCUGUUCCCCGCCUUCCACCCCUGGAUCGCAUUGCUGCGGCUGAGCCUGCUAACCUCAUACAAGGUGCGAGUGUCCCUGAUCUUUCUGAAGCUCUGCACCGCCGCGAGCACAAGUGCUUUGUUCUUCACGAGUUCCUCCCCGGGUCCUGACUCGGAUCCAAACUGUAAAAAGCCGCAGACUCUUGUGGCGCAGCUUGUGCAGAAUACUGUGGUGGGUGUGGUCUCUGCACUGCUCGGUGACGUGAUCGUCUUCGCUCUCUUCUUGGUUCAAAAUCGCAGUCCCAUAGAAAAGGACUGGACAGAACAGUCGAAGAGGUGGCAGUUGAGGGUUUGGAAGUGCCGAGCCGUGGCAUUUUGGUUGAUUUGGUUGGUCUAUUCGCUUGUAUGCUUGGUCUACACUAUGCUGUUCUUGGCGAACGUCCGCCUGGUAGAUGCGCAGGGCUGGUUAAUGAGCACUGGCAUGAGCUUACUCCAGGACUUGGUGAUACUUCCCUUGUUCCUGGCUUUGGCACUCGGCUUGAUGGCAUCGGUGGCACUGCUCAGCAAGGGGAUUCGCAGAAGGAUUGAAGCGAAAUGGCUUGAAGGCUAUGCAGAUGCCGAGGAGCAAGGUAGCAAAGAGCCAGAAGAG